ACGUUCAACAUGAACACACGUACUUUGCAUUAUCUCGCUCCGUUAUCGCCGUAGUGCGCUCAUUAGUGUAUACUAUCGAUCGUUUCCAAAUAACAUAUUUAAUAUACAACGUCAAAUUUAAAUUAAUACCAAAAAUUAUACAGUAUUUUUUAAUCACAAUAAAAUGGAAAAAAAACUUGAUGAUCUUAUAAAAACUGUUACUGAACUCAAAACAUCGAAUGGAAAAAUUAUUUCAUCUUUAAAUUCACAAAAUGAAAAAUUCAACCGAAUAGAAAAAAGACUUGAUGAUUUGUUUAGAAAUUUCACUAUUCUAAUGGAGGAAAAUCGCGAUCUCAAAUUAAAAAUUACGAAUAUUGAAGAACGUAUAUUAUGUAUAGAAAAUAAUAAAACCCAAACCCAACAUUCCUCAUUUGAACACGAUGUCAUCGAAGAGUUAAUGGAUAGGCAAGUUAGAUCGAAUAAUGUUAUAUUAUUUAAUCUACCUGAAAACGAAAAUGAUAAUGACUUAGAAAAUAUUAAAUAUAUUUUUACUGACUUAAACGAAACUAUCGGAGAUUUUAAGUUUUCUCGUCUUGGAAAGACAAAAUCCACUAUCCACGAUAGACCACGACCCAUAAAAAUUCGUCUUAAUGAGCAGUCAGAUGUUUUCUCUAUUUUACGAGCACAAAAAAUCCUGAAAAAUUCAACGAAAUGGUCAAAUAUUCACUUCUCUUCAGACAAAACAACCAAACAGCGAAAUGAAAUGGCAAAUCUCAGAAACACGUUACAAAGUCGCAGAGAAAAAGGUGAACAAAAUUUAAUUAUCAAGUACGUUAAAGGUAUUCCAAAAAUCAUUAACACUUCAAAAAACUGAAAAAUACACCACCCACCAGCU